GGAUGCAAGGUUCUAGCAUUUGCAAAACAAAAAGCAAAACAUUCAAUUAUAGGGCAUGUAAGAUAGGUGUUGAUGACUCUACAUGUAGAAAAGCUUGUGUGGAGAAGGAGAAUUUUGAAGAUGGUCGUUGUGAAGGAAUCAGAAGAUAUUGCUGGUGCUUUAAGCCAUGUGUAUUUGACAAUAUUCCUAAUGAUGCUGGAACUAUUUUGGUUCAGGAUGCUAAAAUUUUCAAAGCAGAAUUGCUUGAAAAAGAGCUUAUGAUGGUGUAAUUAAGUUUGAUUAUGAAUUUUGUGUCACUCAAAAUUAAAUUAAGUGUUGCCUUUCUCAAAGGGUAGCUUAUAAUGUUGUGUUCUUAAAUAAGUUGUGACACAUCAAUCUUGAUGUAUGUUGUAUUAAGGUUGUGCGUGUUUGAAUGAAAAAUGACCAUCUAUGGUCUUUAUGUUGAAA